AUGCUUAGCAAUUUUCAGGGGAUCGAUACCAGCUUGCUCUCUGUAUCGGCAGUUAUACUCGUGCUCGUUGGAGCCUGUUCUGUUGUGACCUUAGGCUAUUUUGCUUAUCAUCUAUUCUUUCACCCCCUGGCACGGUAUCCCGGGCCCUUCCUGGCCAAAUUCACCAGCCUGUACUCCGGCUGGCAUGCGUGGAAGGGAGAUCUGCACAUUGACAUGCUGCGAUGCCAUGAGAAAUAUGGAGACUAUGUUCGAUAUGCGCCUAACCAGCUUCUGGUUAAUACCUCAACCGAUAUAUACGCUUUUGGCAAAAAUACGCAGAAAUCUAAGUUAUACAAUGCCAUGGUCCAUCGUGCCCCGAACACACUGACGUUAAUUGACAAGAAGGCUCAUGGGCGUAAGAGAAGAAUCAUCAGCCAGGGACUUUCGGAUGCCGCAUUGCGUCGAUACCAGCCAGCUAUUUUGAAGCAUGUCAAUGAGCUGUGCUCGGUUUUUCUGGGAAAUGAUCCGAGUCAAUGGUCACUGCCUCAGAAUAUGGGUGAUUUUUGUAACUAUCUUACAUUCGACAUCAUGUCCGAAGUCCUUUUCGGAGAAGCCUAUAACAUGAAGACAAAAGAAGAACAUCGCUACGUGGUCAAAAGUAUCGAAGAUUCCAAUGUUCGUCUUUCUGUCCUGGCCCAAGCCCCCAUCCUCGGCUUCCGACGACUGGACCGUUAUCUCUUUUCUGAGUCCAUCCAGGGUCGGAACAAGUUCAUCAAGUUUAUCAAUGCGCUACUUCACAGUCGAUUUAAGAGUGUAAAGUCAGCGAGACAGGAUGUGUUCAACUUCUUGCUCGAUGCUAAGGACCCGGAAACGCAUCAGGGUUUGUCGUUGGCGGAAAUUGGUGCGGAGACAACUACGCUUGUCGUAGCUGGAUCUGACACAUCCUCCACUGCUUUUGCUUCAACUCUUUUCUACCUAGGCAACAACCCCCAAUGCUACACCCUCGCAGCGGAAGAAGUACGAACUACCUUCUCCACCAGCGACGAAAUCGCCCUCGGUCCAGCCCUCUCCUCAUGUAAAUACCUUCGGGCUUGCAUCGAUGAAAGCCUCCGAAUGAGUCCACCCACAGGUAGCGCUCUCUGGCGCGAAGUCGCCAAGGGAGGCGGCAUUUUUGACGGGAAACCCAUCCCUGCAGGAUGUGAUGUGGGAACUGGUAUUUAUGCCAUCCACCAUAAUAGGGAGUACUUCCCGGAGCCAUUUAUGUUCCGUCCCGAGCGUUGGAUUCUGGCGGGAAGUGAUGCGGGCGGAGCUGGUGUGGGUGUUGCAAGUAAAGAGUCCUUGGCUGCUGCUCAGGCGGCGUUUAAUCCCUUCUCCAUUGGCCCCCGUGGGUGUAUUGGCAAGGGACUUGCAUUAGCUGAGUUGACCCUCGGUCUUGCUACAAUUCUAUAUAAAUAUGAUUUUAUUGUUUCAGGGUCUAUUGGACAGGGGGCGCCGGCCUUGGGGCCUGGUCGAGAGUACGCGUCUGAGUAUCAGCUCUACGACCAUAUUACCGCAUCGAAGGAUGGGCCAGUCAUAUGUGUUAGGGAACGGGCUCAUGCUUGA